UUAAGCAUGUGUUGCUGGAUUGUGGAGGCACUUCUGAUCCUGCUUGGACUGCAGACAGUGAUGGGAAAAGCACAUUGGUGCGAACACAUUGAACAGCAGAAGGUGGAUCGGAUCCUGACCCCACGUCUGGAGCUGGAGGUGAGCUGCUCCGAGGUGUACCAGUAUAACACCCAGGGCUGGAGAUUGGAUGUGGAGUCGAUGAGGGCUAAGCACGGCGGGGAUGACGGCAUCGCACUCUACUACCAAAAGCACGGCCUUAAGGCACUCUGCUUGUUGUACAAGUUGCCAGUGAUGGAAAGCCAAAUGGUGAACAAGACAGUGAGAGCAUGCUGUGGAGGUUGGAGUGGACCACGUUGCUCAGAUAGUGUAGCAAUGCAUGGUCAGUGUUACUCCACCUGGAGCUGCGCGGACUUCCCCGGAGUCCAUAACGCCUCCCUAAUGACCAUGGAGCAAUGCUGCAGCAGCCAGUGGGGAUUAAGUUGGAGAAAUGCCUCGGACCAGACCUGCUUAUCCUGCACCUACACUCUUCUGCCAGACUCGCAGUUGUCCCCGCUAGUACGCGGGGGUCUUCUGGGUAGCGUCAGGGCACCUCAAGGCUCAGCCACCUGCAUGUCCUGGGGUGGAUCCCACUUUCGCACUUUUGACAAGAAGCACUUCCACUUCCAGGGUGGCUGCACUUACCUGCUGGCCUCAUCUACUGAUGGGACCUGGGCAGUCUACAUCAGUACGAUCUGCGUCAGCUCAGGAAACUGCAGCAAGGCUCUGAGGAUGAUGAUGGGCCUUGAUUUGAUGACAAUUCACGACAGGAAUUUAACCCUCAACAACCUCCAUGUUCCAAAUGGGGACCCCAUCUUUCAAAACGGUGUUAGCGUCCACUGGCUUGGAGAUUUUGUGUUUGUGGAGAGUGGCCUCGGGGUGAGGGUGAAGUUUGACCUGGUCAACAGCGUCUAUGUGACAGUAACGUCUGAGCAUCUGGCAGCCACCAGAGGGCUUUGUGGAAUCUACAACAACAACCAAAAUGAUGAUUUCACCACAAUGGGAGGAACCGUGUCUCAGUACGCUGCUAGCUUUGGCAACUCAUGGAAAGUUCCUGACCAGCAGAAUGAAGGCUGCGGUGAUGCUGCGGAACUCGGACACAGCUGUGAUGUAACGGGAGAUGCUGCCUUACGCAAGCAAGCAGAGUCCAUGUGUCAUCGACUACUAAAAAGCCCCUUCACCCAAUGCCACCCACGCCUGGACCCAGCAGCGUACCUAGAUACAUGCUUGUAUCUUUUUUGUAGCUUGCCACCCAAGGAGAGGGAAGCAGCAGUAUGUGACACUCUGGCGAGCUACGCACGAGAGUGUGCCCAGCAACAUGUCAUCGUUAUUUGGAGAGAAGGCGCCCUUUGUGCUCGGAUCUGUCCCAGAGGGCAAGUCUUUUCAGACUGCGUGUCCUCAUGUCCUCCUAGCUGCGCAUCCCCCCAACCCCCAGGACCGGCCGCAUCAGCGGGUCAAUGCCGGGAGGAGUGCGUUGGGGGGUGCGAAUGUCUUCCAGGACUCUAUCUUCACCAAGGACAGUGCUUAAAAAAGGAUGAUUGCCCUUGUUUCCACCGAAGGCAUACAUACCGGCCAGGAGACAAGAUACAGCAGAGAUGUAACACCUGUGUUUGUAGAGAAGGUCAAUGGCAGUGCACUGGGGAGAAAUGUGCUGCUCAGUGCAGUCUGAUGGGAGCGCUCCAUGUCACCACCUUUGACAAAAAAAGAUACUCAUUGCAAGGAGGGGAUUGUCCUUUUACCACUGUGGAGGACUACGUUGACCGAAAGCUUGUGGUGACCGUGCGCUCGGGCGAGUGCGCAGCAGGGGGAGGAGGUGCUGCUGCAGGUCUAGGUUGUCUCAUAGAAAUGACGGUCACAGCACUCCGUACCACAGUCACCAUCACAGACACUGGUACGGUGACAUUGAACGGUCAGAGGGAACUGUUGCCUGUGGUGACCGCGGACCUGGUAGUGCGGAGGGCAUCGUCUGCCUUUCUCCUAAUUCAGACCUUUGGAGCUCAGCUUCUGUGGCACCUUGAUGGACCCCUCAUCAUCAUUACCUUGCAGCCUCAUUUCACAAACAAGGUACGCGGCCUUUGUGGAACACUGACUUGGAAUCAGCAUGAUGAUUUUAUGACCCCAGAAGGAGACGUGGAGAGCAGUGUGUCAUCCUUUGCCGGCAAAUUCACCACAGAACAUUGCACUCUGCCUGGAGGAGCCCCUCCGGACCCCUGCACUACUUACACCCAGAAGAGACACUAUGCUGAUACCGUAUGCGCCAUCAUACACAGCACCGUAUUCCAGGCAUGUCAUGAUGUAGUGGAGAGAGAGCCCUAUUUCCGCCUGUGUCAAUCAGAAGUGUGCAGCUGUGCACUUCAGAAGGCCUGUCAUUGCACAGUUCUCACUGCCUAUGCCAGACGCUGUGCCCAGGAGGGCAUGGCUGUUCAGUGGCGUAACCAUACCUUCUGUUCCGUCCAGUGUUCCGGGGGUCAGGUGCAUCACGAGUGUGGUCAAGCAUGCGGCCGCAAGUGCUCCGACCUGCAGCACGGCUGGAGCUGUGAUCCCAACGGUAGUGGUGAUAAGCUAUGUGUUCCCGGUUGCCAGUGCCCUGCAGGAUUAGUGGAGGACCACCAAGGCCAGUGCGUGCCUCCUACGAUGUGCCCAUGUGUACAAGGAGACAAGACAUAUCUACCUGGGGAUAUCGUUCAGAACAGCUGUAACACCUGCAUGUGUGAGGAAGGACGCUUUAACUGCACGCAAGGCGCAUGUGAAGACGUCAACAAGUGUCCUGGCUCUCUGAUAUACGCGCCACGUUCCUGCCUGCUCACGUGCUCCAGUUUGGACCCACCAAGCCAGCAGCAAGGUUCUGGCACGCUGAGUUGCAGAGAGCCCCUAUCUGGCUGUGUGUGCCCCCACGGAACUGUGCUACUUGGUGAUCAGUGUGUCCUACCUGCCGAGUGCCCGUGUCGCCAUAAUGGCCGCCUGUACUACAGCAACGACACCAUCACUAAAGACUGCAACACGUGUGUGUGUAAGGAGCGCCACUGGCACUGCAGCCAGUCGGCCUGCGCUGGCAUGUGUGUGGCUACCGGUGACCCUCAUUAUGUGACCUUCGAUGGUCGCUACUUUUCUUUCUUGGGCGACUGCCAGUACGUGCUGGCGAGGGAGACCAGCGGUCUGUUCAGUGUCACGGCCGAGAAUGUGCCCUGCGGAAGCACCGGGGUCACCUGUACAAAGUCCGUCACCCUCAGCCUUGGGAACACCAUCAUACACCUUUUGAGAGGUAAAGCAGUGACGGUUAAUGGGAUGCCAGUUACUCUACCCAAGACCUACAGCGGGAGUGGUCUGACUUUGGAAAGAGUGGGCAUCUUUGUGUCGUUGUCCUCCCGACUUGGAGUCACUCUGCUGUGGGAUGGAGGUAUGCGCGUGUACGUGCGUCUGGCCGCACACUUGAGGGGAAACGUCGGGGGGCUAUGCGGUAACUUCGAUGGGGACACUGAGAAUGACUUCACCACACGACAAGGCAUCGUAGAAUCCACCGCUGAGCUAUUUGGGAAUUCUUGGAAGGUCAGCCCAUCCUGCCCGGAUGUGGCGGACCAAGAUCUGCGAGACCCUUGCACUGUUAACUUACACAGGGUACCGUGGGCCAGGAAAAAAUGUGGCAUCUUGAUUCAGGAGCUCUUCUCUCCUUGCCACCUUGAGGUGCCCUUCCAGCAAUAUUACGAUUGGUGUGUCUUUGAUGCGUGUGGCUGUGACUCUGGUGGCGACUGUGAGUGCUUGUGCACAGCCAUCGCCACUUACGCAGAAGAGUGUAACCGCAGAGGGAUCUACAUUCGCUGGAGGUCCCAGGAACUCUGUCCCCUGCAGUGUGAAAAUGGACUUGUUUAUGACCCAUGUGGGCCAGCUUGCUCCCCUUCCUGUCCUAAUGUGCAGCAGAGUCCGCAUUCCCAAUGUGACGUCCUAUCUUGUGUGGAGGGCUGCUUCUGCCCCGCUGGUACUGUUCGAUAUAGUGACAGCUGUGCGGUUCCUACCCAGUGUCCAUGUGAGUGGGAAGGGUCCAUGUUUCCUCCUGGAAGUACCAUCACUCAGCACUGCCAGAACUGUUCUUGCGACGACGGGAUGUGGCAUUGCGAUGGGGUGCCAUGCCCUCGUCCUGCGCCGACCUGUCCGGAAUCCGAGUUUUCCUGCGCGAGCGGUCGCUGUAUCCCGUCUCAGUGGUUAUGUGACAACGAAGAUGACUGCGGCGACGGCUCUGAUGAGAUUUGUCCAUUCACCUGCUCACCGGAACAUUUCCGCUGUACCAGCACGCCAAGCGGCCCAUGUCUGAACCUGGCUUUGCGUUGCGAUGGCCACCCCGACUGUGCUGACCGAUCAGAUGAGGCGUUCUGUGGACCCGCCACUCCGGUGCCCCUUUGCCCACCAGGGGAAUUUCAGUGCGCCAAUGGGAAAUGUCUCUCAGCUAGUCGAGUAUGUGACGGACGAUUGGACUGUGGCUUUGCCGAUGGUUCCGAUGAGCAAGAUUGCGGUGUGGCGUGCGACGAAGGGGAGUUCCUAUGUGCUGGAGGACGAUGCAUCCUCUACCUCCAUCGAUGUGACGGCCAUGAUGAUUGCGGAGAUCUCAGUGAUGAACGGGGGUGUUCCUGUGCACAAAAAGAAUUUCAGUGCCCAGGUGACCUGUGUGUCCCUUCAGAGAAAGUGUGUGACGGUCAUCGAGACUGCCCAUCUGGAACGGAUGAAGCUGUUUGUCCAACUCGAGUGACAUGUGGACCUGACCAGUUUGCUUGUAAUGAUGGCACAUGUGUUGCCAUCGCUAUGCUGUGCGACGGAGCACGAGAUUGCCCGGCCGGAGAAGACGAAAAACGAAGCAACUGCUACUCUUUCAUAACACCAAUACCUUCACCUUUGACCCCGACAGUACCGACCUCAGCUUGCUGGUCCUAUGAGUUUGCCUGUGCCACCGGUGGGCAAUGCAUACCUCAAACCUGGCACUGUGAUGGCGAGUCCGACUGUUUGGACGGUAGCGAUGAGCAGCAGUGUCCCUCACUUUGUGCUCCUGGCCAAGUUCCCUGCCUCAGUGGCGACCAGUGUGUGCAUUACCAACAACUUUGCGACGGCAAACCAGAUUGCCGUGAUGCAUCUGAUGAGAGCGUAGACAACUGCGGCUCAUUGCGGAUCCCUCCCUGUCCUGGCAGCUUCCCAUGUGACAAUCGCACUUGCGUGAAUAUGUCAAAAGUGUGCAACGGGAUUCCUGACUGUCCGCGGGGUGAUGAUGAACUUGUGUGUGGUAAAAACGUUUCACCAGCGCCCCCUGGUGAAAGGAACACCACAGUUUCCUGUCCAGAAUUCACCUGUCUGGAUGGCUCAUGUAUCAGUUUCAAUAUGAUGUGUAAUGGUGUGGCAGACUGCCCAGACUCCUCACUAGCACCGUUCGGGGGCUCCACUGAUGAGCAGGGUUGUCGAAGUUGGAGCUCCUGGGGUUCUUGGAGCCCCUGCAGCACCACAUGUGGUACAGGCUCGGUGACCCGGCGCAGAUCUUGCCCUGCGGGGGACAUUUUGCACCACUGUCGGGGUCAGGAUGUCCAGAAGCAGCAGUGCUUCAACACAACUUGCCCUGUGGAUGGUCAGUGGCUUCCAUGGGUGAGCUGGUCAAACUGUUCAAGCGAAUGCGGAGGAGUGCAGAUCCGACACAGAGACUGCAUCCUGCCUCAAAAUGGAGGUCGAGACUGCUUCCAACUCCCGGGACCAUCCAACCUAAGCUUGGAAAUUAGGCCUUGUUCUGCGGACGGCUGCUCCAAUACUAGCUGUCCGACAGGCCUGGUGAGACACAACUGUUCCCCCUGCCCAAUGUCCUGCGCCCACAUCAGCAGCGGAACUACCUGCGAUCCCGCCGCACCCUGCUUCUCAGGUUGUUGGUGUCCAGAGGGGAAGGUCAUGAGCCAAACGCAACAGUGUGUGUUUCCAGAGGAGUGUGCGUGUGAGUUGGCAGGCGUGCGCUACAGGCCAGGUCAGCAGAUGAAGGUGGACUGCGAGAUUUGUGUUUGUGAGAGAGGAAGACCUCAGCGAUGCCAACCCAACCCGGACUGUUCUGUACAUUGCGCAUGGUCGUCAUGGUCCGAGUGGGGGGAGUGUUUAGGACCAUGUGGUGUGCAGAGUGUCCAGUGGUCUUUCCGGAGCCCAAACAACCCCACCAAUCAUGGAGAUGGGAAAAACUGCAGAGGAAUCUAUCGGAAAGCACGUCGAUGUCAAACUGACCCCUGUGAUGAAUGUGAGUAUCAAGGCCAGUCCCACGCUGUUGGAGACAGAUGGAGGUCGGACCAUUGCCACUUGUGUCAUUGCUUGCCCAACCUCUCGGUGCAAUGCUCUCCCUAUUGCCCGUAUGCCGUUACCGGAUGCCCUCAGGGCCAGAGUCUUGUGCCUGGGGAUGGAGACAGCUGUUGUUACUGUCAAGCACGCAAUGAAAGUUCUGCAGUGACAGUCAGCCCCUCCCCUGUGACGUCCGAGCCAGGAAAGGACACCACUCCCUCGGUGCCCACCUACCCACUCCCUCCUGAGGAGUGCUGGUCUCCUCUGGGCGUUCAGUUUCUGCCGGCCUCCAGUUUCCACGCCUCAUCUCAGCAAAGCGGUCACCCCCCUGAGGCAGCCCGUCUUCAUGGUUGGGACCACCACACAGACCUUCAGGGCUGGAGUCCAGAACCUGAAGAGUAUAAGGAUCUACCACAGCGGAGCCCUGGGGGGCAGAGUAGCAACACACAAAGUCCUUACAUCGAAAUUGACCUGCUGAAAGAAUACAACAUCACCGGGGUACUUACCCAGGGGGGUGGCGUAUUUGACACAUACAUUUCCAGUUUAUAUCUGCAGUUUAGCCGGGAUGGAAGACUGUGGUACAUUUACAAAGAGCUUGUGACUGCCGCCCAGCCCAGAGCUAAGGUUUUUCAUGCCAACCACAAUGAGGCAGGGGUCGCCGAGAUUAAAUUGGACAGGAUGGUGUCGGCUCAAUUUGUCCGCUUGCUACCACAUGAUUUCCAUAAUGGCAUCUAUCUUCGUCUUGAGAUAAUGGGAUGUGAACCUGGUUAUCAUUUCUCAACCUUACCCACACCAACUUCAACCGUCUCACCAGCGGGUGGUUGCAAACAAAAGGAACUCCAGUGUAGAAAUGGACGCUGUGUGCCAGCCGGCCCGUCGGGAGUUAUCUGCGAUGGGGUCGAUGAUUGUGGUGACGGAUCAGAUGAGAUGUUCUGCGGCACAACAGUCCCGACUCCUCGCAGCUGCCCCGGUGGUCAGUACUUGUGCCUCCCACCAGGGGGCUGUAUCGACACAGGAAAACGUUGCGAUGGGAUUCCCCACUGUCCCAGAGGAGAUGAUGAAACUGAAUGUCAUCCGUAUGAGAACAUCACCACUCAGUCCGACAGGCCCUACACACCCACCGCCGCCCCUAUCAGGACUCCUUCCAAGAUCCCAGUGACUAGACCUGCAUUACCAACAACAGAUGGUGGCCCUGGAUAUCGUGGCAUAUGCUCAUCCGCACUCGGACUGGAGGAUGGAACCAUUCGUUAUGGUCAGCUGACCUCAUCGUCCUCUCGUGAAAACAACCCGGCUGACGCUGGUCGUCUGAAUAUCGUUCCCAAUGUUCAAGUUAUGGAGCCUGGAUGGAGUCCUUUGCCGACAGACCUCCAACCGUAUUUCCAGGUGGAUUUCCUGGAACCCACGUGGGUUUCAGGGGUUGUGACCCAAGGCAGUGAACGUAUGUGGGGUUACCUCACGAAAUACAGACUAGCCUUUGCUCUGCACGAAAGCCUCUUCACCAACUAUACACAAGAUGGCAAGCCUGGAAGUCCUGCUAAGGUGUUUGAGGUACGGAUGGUGGGCCGGACUCCCGUGACCCGCUGGCUCAGUCGACUUGUCCGAGCCCGCUACCUUCGCAUCAUCCCUGUGGAGUUCAGGCACACGUUCAACCUGCGUGCUGAGAUCCUUGGAUGCAGAGGAGAUGAGCUGGUGACUCCCGGGAGUGUCACACCUGCUUCUGAUGGUGGGAAAGGCUGUCAACCAGGCCAGUUUGCGUGCCGGCAGAGUGAACAAUGUGUUCCUAUCGCUGUGGUUUGUGACGGACGACUGGACUGCAAAGAUCACACAGAUGAGAUGAAUUGCGGCUCUCCAGGUUUACAAAACAAGACUAGUCCCACAGGUGGACCAGGCUUCCGUGGUGACAUCACAACAGGUGCAUCAGGUCUCCGAACCACCAAGCCAGGAGGUGGUCUGCCCGGUGUGGCGACAGCCGGAGUCACAGGACAGCCUGGACUUUGGAAAGCCACCACUACACACAUUGAAGUGACUACCGGCCAGCCUGGACUGCACCUCUCACCAUCGCAGCAGCCUGGAGGUCCUGGCUUACAAACUACAAAGCCUCAGUGGAGCACCACAACCAGAGUGGGUUGUGUGGAAGGCCAGUUUGCGUGCAGAUCGUUUGGCUGUGUCGACUCGGCUCAGGUGUGUGACGGCAGGCGGGACUGUCUGGACGGGUCCGAUGAAGAGCGCUGUGGUUCCGUCGUAAGUCCAGUGACUACGCAGCGCCCCCUAGUGCCCACCCCCUGCUCUCCAAAGCAGUUCUCCUGUAAAAGCGGCGAAUGUGUUCACCUGGACCGCAAAUGUGAUCUGCGGAAGGACUGUGUGGACGGUUCCGAUGAAAAAGACUGCAUUGACUGCAUCAUGUCCCAGUGGACCUCAUGGAGUCUGUGCAGCGUGUCUUGCGGUCUGGGAUCAUUGUUUCGGCAGAGAGACAUUGCGAGGGAAGCGCUACCUGGAGGAUCCUGCACUGGGGGGCAAUUUGACAGCCGUCCCUGCUUCCAACGACCAUGCCCAGUUGACGGUCAUUGGUCGGAGUGGACGGAGUGGUCCGAUUGCGAUGUUCAGUGCGGAGGGGGUGUCCGGCAAAGGAAGAGAACCUGUUCUGCACCUGCCCCGAAAAAUGAUGGGAGGGAUUGCGAAGGCAUGAGCCAGCAGAGUCAGAGCUGCAACAACCAACCCUGCACCAAAGACACGGGAACACAGACAGGUUGCGUCAACGGUAUGGUGCUCGUGUCCGAGGCGGACUGCCUGACCGGGAGAGUCGAGCCUUGCCCUCCAACAUGCUCGCAUCUCAGCUUCACCAAUAACUGUACUGAAGAAUGUAAACCAGGCUGCCGAUGUCCCAGUGGAAUGUACCUACAGGGAGGCCAGUGUGUGACAGCAAGCCAAUGUUUCUGUCACUGGAACGGCCAAAAACUGAAGCCAGGACAGAUAAUCAGCAGGGACCAUUGUACUACAUGUACAUGUCAGGAAGGACAUGUGACCUGUAACUCAUCCAGUUGCGCAACAACCUGUCAUUGGUCAGCCUGGUCGUCAUGGUCACCGUGUGAUGUCACCUGUGGGCUCGGGCUCCAGCAACGCUACAGGUCUCCGGUGAAUCAGACAGGAUCGCUCAGUGGGUAUCUCUGCCCAGGAGACUCCUCUGAAGUCCAACGGUGCUCCAUCCCCUGCGACACUGAAGAACCAGAUGGAAUUUGGAGCAAAUGGACCAGCUGGUCCGAAUGCAGCAAGACAUGUUUCCAUCACGUAGACGAUGUGGGAAUCAGACAACGAUUCCGAAGCUGCAACUCCACCCACGCUCGCUCCGUCUGUGAUGGAGACAGUGCGGAGCAAGAGCCUUGUAACAUCAUCCACUGUGCAGUGGAUGGUGGUUGGUCUGUGUGGUCUGCGUGGUCGCUCUGCUCAUCCGAGUGUAAUUCCGGUGUCCAAACACGGGAACGAUUCUGCACUUCACCCUCACCGCAACACGGGGGCAGAAGUUGUGCCGGCCCACACGUUCAGACAGCGGACUGUAAUGCUCAUCCCUGCUCAGGUGCAUGCCCAGAAGGUAUGACGUACAUGACAGCGGCUGAAUGUGAGGCUCAUGGAGGUGCAUGUCCUCGGGUCUGCAUGGACAUGACCUCCACCGAAGUGCAGUGCGCCACCGCCUGCUACGAUGGCUGCUACUGCGCACUAGGCUUGUACUUGCGCAACGGCAGCUGUGUACCUUUGUCCCAAUGCCUGUGUUACCACCAGGGGGAGCAAUACCCAGCUGGGGCAACGCUUCCAGUAGAUUCAUGCAACAACUGUACAUGUAUAAACGGAGAGAUGUCUUGCGGAAAUACUUCAUGUCCUGUGGACUGCGGUUGGAGCAGCUGGACUCAAUGGAGCACCUGUAGUCGAACAUGCGAUGUCGGUGUGAGAAGGCGGUACCGCUCAGGAACCAAUCCACCGCCAGCGUUCGGAGGUCGACCUUGUGAAGGCGAUAGAGUUGGGGUGGACACGUGCAGCAUUGAGCCAUGUUUUGGUGUAAGAGAACCAUGGAGUGAGUGGUCGGAGUGCUCAGUGACUUGUGGAGGAGGUUACAGGAGCAGAACUAGUGGGCCUAUCAGAGUCCAUGGCACAGCACAACAAUUCAGUGCCUGUAAUCUGCAGCCUUGUGGUGAUAGCAAAGUGUGUCCACCAGGGCAGGAAUGGAAGAAGUGUGUGAGAGGAGCAGUGUCAUGUUCAGAUCUUACGAUGGACCUCAGUCGGAACUGCACGCCAGGUUGCCAGUGUCCUACUGGAACUUUCCAACAGGAUGGCGAAUGCACCCAGGAGUCUGAUUGUCGCUGUGACGUUGAUGGAGAGCAGUACAAACCAGGAGACAUUAUUUAUAUUGACUGCAAAAACUGUACAUGUCAAGCAGGGAGACUUGUAAACUGUUCUCAAGCCAGGUGCACAGCUGAUGGCCAGUGGUCACCGUGGACUCCUUGGGGUCACUGUUCAGUGUCAUGUGGAGCAGGUCUGCAGUCCCGAUAUCGGUUCUGUUCCAGCCCUCAGCGCUCCGCCGAUGGUCCGUCGUGUCCGGGGCCUAACCGAGAGGACAAAGUCUGUGUCACCACCCCAUGUGACCGUGACGGUGGUUGGGGUCCUUGGAGUAAUUGGACACAAUGUACCAAGUCAUGUGGCGGGGGUGUUCAGAGCCGAAGGAGAGAUUGUGACAGUCCGACCCCUGAAGGAGAAGGAAAUUACUGUGAGGGUCUCGGAACCCAGGUCAAAGCCUGUAACACUGCACACUGCCCAGUGGCACCAUGCUCCAAGGUCCCAGGCACAGCAUUCAGUAGUUGUGGACCAUCCUGCCCCCGCUCCUGUGAUGACCUGGCACAUUGCGAGUGGCUUUGUGAGCCAGGCUGCUAUUGUACAGAAGGAAAGGUUUUAUCAGCUAAUGGAGCAGUCUGCUUAGAGCAGGAAGAAUGCCCCUGCCUCGAUCUUACAACCGGCCGCCGGCUAGAACCUGGAGACAUGACAUUGGCUCCUGAUGGCUGCAAUAACUGCACCUGCGAGGGAGGAAAGCUUAACUGCUCCCAAAACCCGUGCCCAGUAUCAGGUGGCUGGUGUGAGUGGUCCACGUGGACUCCAUGCUCCAGGACCUGUGGGGCAGAGUCGGUAUCCCGUUACAGAAGCUGCAGCUGUCCCGAACCCAAAGCUAGCGGGCAACCCUGUUCUGGAGAACAGGAAAUACAUAAUGGCGUUGGAGCUCAAAUCCAGAGACAGCCCUGUCCUGUUAUCACCUUCUGUCCAGUGCAUGGUUCUUGGAGUUCCUGGUCGGCUUGGUCAGACUGCGACGGGUGUGCAGGGUCAUCCAAUCGCACCAGAGAGUGUAACAACCCCCCUUCAAGAUUCGGUGGUCUGCCCUGCCUCGGAGAAGCGACGCAGAGCCGUGGUUGCCAUGACAACACGACCGUGUGCUCAGAAUGUGGUGGCGGCCAAGAGGAAUGGCCUUGUGGCAAGCCCUGUCCUCGCUCCUGUUCUGAUCUCCAUGGUGACACGGAGUGCCUGGACUCACCAGGAUGCAGCAAGUCUUGCGGUUGCCCUGGCGACAUGGUCCUGCAGGAUGGCGUGUGUGUAACCAGGGAGGAAUGUCGCUGCAAAUACGAAAACAGCUCCGCUGCAGGUUGGCUAAAGAUCCUUUUUUUUUUUUAAAUUCCCAAAACACGUUUGAAAUAUUCCAGACCUGGUGAGACUGAGUGGCAGUUUGCAAGUCACGGAGAAGAAAUCAUCACUGACUGCAAAAAUUGUUCCUGCCAAGCUGGUGUUUUUCACUGUCACUCACUCCCCGGCUGCUACGUCGACGGCGGCUGGGGCCAGUGGGGAGCUUGGUCUUCGUGCUCAAUUUCCUGCGGAGGAGGAGUUCACUUCAGGAGACGCCAAUGUGAUAAUCCAUCUCCUCAGGGCGGGGGAAGAGGUUGUCUGGGAAUUGGUGAACAGCAGAGAGACUGCAACACACAUCUGUGCACAGACGCAGUGGAACCUUGGUUACCUUGGUCUCAGUGGUCGGUGUGCUCAGUCAGUUGCGGCGGCGGCCAGCAGGCUCGAUUCCGGACGUGCGGCUCGUCGGCCUGCAGUGGCGUUAGCCGCCAGAGCAAAACUUGCAAUACAGAGGUCUGCCUUGAAGUGGGCUGCCCCCCAGGCAGGCUGUAUAGGGAAUGUGAGCGAGGGGAGGGCUGCCCUUUUAGCUGCGACCACAUAAGCGGCAGGGAGGGCUGCUACAGCGAUGGCUGCGAGGAAGGCUGCCACUGCCCCUUGCACACUUUUCAACACAACAACGUCUGCCUGCAUGAGUGUCCCUGUUUAGUCGAUGAGGAGUUUCUAGUUUCUCUGCAGAGUGUUUCUAUCACCCCGGUGUCAUCUCUGCUCCUUCAGAACAUCUCUGAGGGAGUGGAGCUCCAGCCUGGAGACACAUUGAUUCACGACUGCAGCUCAUGCAUUUGUGAGCACGGCAGAUGGAACUGCUCCUUAGAGCACUGUCCAGUUGACGGCGGUCUGUCAUCCUGGGGAUCUUGGAGCUCAUGCUCGUUGUCCUGCGGCGGUCUUGGGCUGAAGACCCGCACAAGAGGCUGCACCCAACCUGCUCCAGCUCAUGGAGGAAAAACUUGCAUCGGGCCAUACCUUGAAACCACCUACUGCCAAGCCCCUGACUGCCCAGCUGUUGGUCCCACAGAAGAACCCACCCUACCAGAUGAAGAUGCUGGUUUCACUGACUGGUCAACAUGGAGCCCGUGCACGAAAACUUGCACUGACGCUCGCUCUCCAGCUAUGAAGUCCCGUUAUCGUCAGUGCAUCAAACCCCCCUGCUUCGGGGACUCCCAUCAAGACAAAGCUUGCAACCUCCCCCAGUGCCCUGACUCAGACGGUGAUGAGCUCUGCGUUGGGGACGAUUGCGAGGAGAGGAACUGUACCUGGACAGAUUGGGGGAUGUGGGCUUCCUGUUCACGUUCAUGCGGCGUGGGCCAGCAACAGAGGAUCCGAACCUUCCUCGGCCCCGGCCCCAACGGCUUCUGGUGUGACGACAUCCUGGGGGGAAACAUUGAGCGCCGCUUCUGUAACAUCAGGCCUUGCAGAGUGGAUGCAAGCUGGUCUCGAUGGAGUCCGUGGUCCAGCUGUGAUAAGCUCUGCGGCGGUGGCCGCUCCAUACGUACCCGCUCGUGCUCCAGCCCUCCACCCAAGAACGGAGGACAGAAGUGCCGAGGAGAGAAAAACCAGGUCAAACCAUGUAACACCAAACCCUGCGAUGAACAAGGAUGCCCGCCGGGACAAGAGUUUGUGUCUUGUGCCAACGAGUGUCCACAGCGCUGCGCUGACCUCCAGCAAGGCAUCGAGUGCCAAACCAACACUGAAUGUCAACCCGGAUGUCGUUGCCCGAAAGGACAGUUGCAGCAGGAUGGAGCGUGCGUGCAUCUGUGGCAGUGUGACUGCGUGGACUCGCAAGGCCAAAUUUGGGCCGCUGGCAGCGGGCAUCACGUCGACUGCAACAACUGCAGCUGCACCAAUGGACGAUUGCUUUGCACCAAUCACAGCUGCCAGGCCACAUGCACUUGGAGCUCCUGGUCCAAUUGGGCAUCGUGCAGUGUUACCUGUGGGCAGGGGCAGAAAACCAGAUACAGAUCUCUAAUCUCCGAAACCGAAGGAACUGAUUGUCAAUUUGAGGAAGUCAAUCAUAAACCCUGUGAGCCCGGGCCCUGCCCUCCUCUUUGUCUCCAUGACGACCAAGAGCUACGUGUGGGAGACACCUGGCUUUUGGGAGAGUGUAAACAAUGCACGUGCACCCCAGAGGGAGAUUUCUGCCAAGAUAUCGAUUGCACGGUGGAUGGUGGCUGGACUCCGUGGUCAGUGUGGUCUGACUGCUCAGUGACCUGUGGACGAGGGACACAAGUCCAAACCCGCGCCUGCAUCAACCCGCCCCCUCGUAACAAUGGCUCUCACUGUGAUGGUCCAGAGAGACAAAGCCAAGAAUGUUACGCUUCUCCCUGUUUAGAUGACCUUUGCCCUUGGUCGCCGUGGUCACCGUGUUCCCGCAGUUGUGGGGCGGGAACUGUGGUGCGGCGUAGGGCGUGCGUCUGCGGGAAGAGAGGGACUGCAGCGUGUCCUGCCGAGAUUGAAGAUUUAACGAACCAAGAGGAGAACCAACUAUGUUUCAAACAACCAUGUCCAGAAUGCCCCAUGUCAGCAUGGAGUGUUUGGUCGCAAUGCUCAUGUGAGUCUCAAAGGCAGCAGCGCUACCGUGUAGCUGUCACCCCUGCCACCAGGGGGCAGCUGUGCACUCCCGUUGAAACACAGAGCAAACCAUGCAGCCUCAGUCACUGUGAUGAAUGUGAAGCACCAUUCAUGUAUUCCCCAUGUGGCAAACCCUGUGAGAAGCUUUGUGACCUCUAUGGACGUACCGACCUGUGUUCGGGAGUCCGGGAGUGCACACCAGGCUGCUAUUGUCCUCCGGGGUUGCUGCAGCAAAAUGGUAGCUGUGUACCAUCAGAACAUUGUGGCUGCAUCUACUUAAAGGACCAACCUUCGGGACAAUCGCCAACGCCGGUCACUGUUCCUCAGGGCUCAACAGUCACCAUCGGCUGCAGUACUUGCCUUUGUCACAAUGGGAUGUUGGAGUGUGACAUGAGAGAGUGUGAAGUUAUUCUCAGUGAAUGGUCCGAGUGGACGCCAUGUUCUCCCUGCAUGCCUUACUCCUCCCUGAACCCCAGCAGCACACUCCUGGAAGAUGCUGUCAAUGGAAGUAAAAUGGUUUCAGUCCAGAGGCGUUUCCGGGCCUGUUUAGACUUUGACUCAGGGUUUCCGGUAUCUGGAGAGGAGGAGAAAAAUCAAUGUCCACACCCUCAAGUUGAGGACAGGCUGUGUCCGGAUGAUAGCAUCUGCCGAGAUCUCUGUCAGUGGAGUGCGUGGAGCGCGUGGACAGUUUGCGCAGAGCCGUGCAGUGGUGGAGUCAGACAACGCUACCGCCAUCCUCUGGCCUCUCCACCGGGACCUCUCUGCCGGAGCCAGCAGACACAAAGCCAGAGCUGCAACACGGGACUUUGCCCAGGUGAAAACUGUGAAGACAGGGGGCGGAUCUACCAAGAGGUCUGUGCCAAUCAGUGUCCUCGCAGCUGCACCGACUUAUGGGAGCAUGUGCAGUGUCUCCAAGGACGCUGUCAUUCAGGUUGUCGUUGCCCUGAGGGACAGCUACUGCAGGACAGCCAAUGUGUGCCUGUGGCAGAAUGUCGCUGUGGCGUCCCAUCAGGCAACGGGACACUGGAGUUCAUGACCAAUGAAGAACUCGUCGUGGACUGCAACACCUGUGUGUGUAAGAACGGCACUCUAGUGUGUACCGAUCUUCCCUGUCCUGUGUAUGAGCCUUGGACCUCAUGGACGACCUGUUCGGCUUCAUGUGGGCGUGGCCAGCGGACACGGACGCGCCUGUGCCAGAACAUUGAGGGCGGGCCUGCCUGUUCUGACACCACGCAGACGGAAAGCUGCGACUUGCGCCCAUGUCCAGUGGGAUGUUUGUUGAGCGAAUGGUCAAGCUGGAGUGAGUGCAGUGCCACGUGUGGCGGCGGCUUAUCAAUGCGCAACAAAACAAUCCUUCAGGAAUCAGAACCUGGUGGGACUGCCUGUGUUGGGCCUCUUGAGCAACACACUGUCUGUAACAGUGAAAGCUGCAGAACAGGGUGUCCGGAUGGUCAGGUGUUCAGUGAAUGUUCAGGUUCCUGUCCGUUUACCUGUGAAGACCUCUGGCCGCACACUCAGUGUUUAGCAGGACCUUGCAAACCCGGGUGCUCCUGCCCACCUGGACAGGUGUUGCACGGAGGCUCGUGCGUGUCACAUGCACGAUGCCCCUGUUCCCGGCUCUCUUUGCCGUCUGCCUACCAAAGCGUGGAUAUGAGCACAGAGGAGAGAACAGAAGUCGUGUCACCUGGAACAUCUUUCCAGCACCACUGCAACAAAUGUGUGUGUCAAGGAGGAGUGUUUAACUGCACCUCCAAGCUCUGCGACGUGGACUGUGAGCGGUCCAACUGGUCCCAGUGGAGUCCAUGCUCAGCGACCUGUGGCACAGGACAACUAAGCUCCAGCCGAACUGUGUUACGACCAAGCCAGUAUGGAGGAGUCCCAUGUGAGGGCUCGGACCACCGCACAGCUCCUUGCAUGGCCCCUGAUUGCGCGUGCCCUGACGGGGAACGAUGGAAAAGAAGGAGGAGUUUGUCAGAAGACGUUCCGCUGUGCGAGCGGAGCUGCGAGGACAUCUACUCCCCGACUCCCGUGAACUGCAAUCACUCCUCAGCGGGCUGCGUGUGUCAGGAUGGGCUUUACCGAAACACCCAUGGCGUGUGCGUCAUUCCUGCUCUCUGCCCCUGUCACGACGAGCAGGGCGUCAUGCAGGAGGCCGGAUCAGAAUGGGAGGAGGACUGCCUGUCGUGUCGUUGCGUGAACGGGAAGAAACUGUGCCAGCCGAGGUGCCCCGAACUUCACUGUGAGGAGGGGCAAGUCAAAGUAGAGGAACCGGGCAGCUGUUGUCCAGUCUGCAGGAAACCUUUUCCAGGCGAGUCUACGCCAGAGUGCCGCCGCUACAUCCAAGUCAAGAACAUCACAAAGGGAAACUGUCGGCUUGACAACGUGGAGGUCAGCUUCUGCAGGGGGCGCUGUCUGUCCAGGACUGACGUCAUCCUGGAGGAGCCCUACCUGAGGUCUGUGUGCGAGUGCUGCAGUUACCGUUUGGACCCAAACAACCCUGUCCGCUUCCUCAACUUGCGCUGUGACAGUGGCGAGAGCGAGCCCGUCGUCCUGCCUGUCAUACACAGUUGCGAGUGCACCAGCUGCCAAGGGGGUGACCUGUCCAGGCGAUGAGCACAUGUGCGGGGAAUUCCAGUAACAUGUCAAUUCAUGUGUACAUUUAAGAGAAGAGAUUUAUUUGGCCAAACCAAACAAGCACCCGAUUUGGAGGGAAUGGAUCAAUGAACCGGAUGGAGAAAAUGAAACCCUCUUUAUGGCCACAUAAAUAUGUGGUUCUUAGUCAUUAUAUGACUGAAAACUAUUCUAUUAAUUCCUGUCCCUGUUAAAUCUUUGUCUUGUACAAACUUUUUUUUACCUACUCUAUUUUUAUAUGUUUUAUUAAAGGUUAUAGUGUUGAGCGAUUAUUAGUGUAGACUGCAUAUCGUCUUGGUGUUUUUUUUUUAUGACUACUUACCGUAUAUAGAUUUCAAUAAACCUUUGUACACAUGAAAUAUAUUUUUUCAACUGCGCAUUUCUUUUUUUCUAUCCAAAGGAAGAUAAAUUGACAAUAUGGAUCUCUACUACAUCACCAAAGAAGGUGAAGGAAAAAUGCCAUGACAACUGCCAAAAAUGGAAAAAGCACUGCAUGUCUCUGUUCUGACACAGUUUUUUUUUCUUGGGAAGUUUUAGUCUAAACAAAGCAACAGAGCAGAUUGUUUUCCACCUUUGAGGUCUCACUGUACAGUCCUCGCUACAUCAAAACAUAACCUUUGCCCACAUCAACCAGUGGGCAGCUGCAAGCUGUAAAUGCCCCGGGACCAAAUCCAGUUCUCUCUACCAUUGCUUUUGUCAGGAGUGCUGACAGGAAUUAUUCAUUCUUAACAUACUGUACAUGUCGUUUGGCCAAGAGGAGGAAACAGAAAAGCACCUGGCGAGCACCCACGUGAACAUGAUGUCACCAUGCAGUGAAAGAAAGUGAGAUGCUGUUGGGAUGUUCUUCCCAGAAUGCUUUAUAGUCUCGAAAUCAAACAAAUUCAAGAUGCAGUUAAGAUCAACUUAAGCCGUUUUUACACCUACUGUUUGUAAUUGUAUAUAUAUUGAUAUGGUUUUCACAGGGGGGAUUAAAAUUGAACAGGAAA